AUGGCAUCUGGUAGAAAAGCUAUUAGACUUUCGACUUUAUCUGCUCAAUGGGAAUGGGAAGGAGACAAAGGUGUUUGGCAACAAUUUCCCAUGGAUAUUCAAGAGAAAAUAUCUCAAGCAUUCGAUGCUGACAACAAAGAAAUUACUGUUAAUCAAACUGAAGAGAUCAAUAUAUUAAUUAAAUUUCGUGAAAUGGUUCAAGUAAACCAAAAAACAAAAUUUAUGCGUCGUAUUCGUCUUUGCUUGGAAUUAAAAGAUAAAAAUGGCUUUUUCGUAUAUGAAUAUGAGAAUGAAAAUAAAAAAUGGCUGGUGUACAAUGCUGAAAUCAUGAUUAAAAUUGCUAACGCUAUCGAAAAUGAUCAAACAAUAUUAACAGUUAACUAUCAAAAUCAAUCGUACGAUAUAGAUCUUGAUGAGUUAAUUGAAACAAAUUCAACUACAAAAACCACUCGAAAAAUGCACUGUGUUAAAUCAAUGGCAAAAUUACCAUUGACUGUUUCAACAAUAUCAAAUAAACGACCGUUAGAAAAGGACGAGAAUCAAGCUGAUGAUACUAAGAAAAAACGCGCUGUAUCAAAAUCUACAAAAUCUGCACCAAUCGAAAAAAGUGCAAUGCGUACUGUCACAACUGUUGUUGGAAAAGUGCCAGUUGAUUCUGAAUGUGUUUCGAUGUCAGGAAAAGUUCAUGUUUAUUGUGAAAAUAGUGACGUAUUUGAUUGUAUGCUGAAUCAAACUAAUGUUGGUAAUAAUAAUAAUAAAUUCUAUCUAAUACAAUUACUCGAAGAAAACAAUGCUAAAAAAUAUUACGUUUGGUUGCGUUGGGGACGAGUUGGCUAUAAUGGACAAAAUAAUUUAGAACAUUUUGGUUGUGAUUUAGAUGAUGCAAAAAGAUUUUUCUGCCAAAAAUUUAGCGAUAAAACAAAAAAUGAUUUUUAUUAUCGUCAUACGUUUACGAAAUAUCCUGGCAAAUACGAUUAUGUUCAACUUGAUUAUAAUCCAUCGGCAUCUGAUAAACUGGAUGAAAACAAUAAGAAGCAACUUGCAACUGUGGAACAACUAAAAAGUCUACCUCUACCCGAAUCUAAAAUUGAUAAACGUAUACAAAAUCUUAUUCAAUUAAUAUGCAAUAUACGAGCUAUGGAAGAAGCAUUGUUGGAAAUGAAAUUUGAUGCAAGAAAAAAUCCGCUCGGUAAAUUAAGUUCGACACAAAUAAAAGCAGGUUAUGCAGCAUUAAAAGAAAUCGAAACAUUCAUUAAAACAAAUAAAUUUAAUUCUGUUUUUAUCGAAGCCAACAAUACCUAUUACACUCGAAUUCCACAUGAAUUCGGUCGAAAUACUCCGCCGUUAAUAAAAACUAUUCAACAGUUAAAACAUGAAAUUGAAUUACUUGAAGCACUCGAUGAUAUCGAAAUAGCAUUUACAACAUUGAAUACAGAUACAAAUGCACGUUUGAAUCCAAUCGAUCAACAUUAUGAACAAUUGAAAUGUAAAUUGUAUCCUGUUGAAAAACAUGAAGAUAUUUAUUUAACAAUCGAUAAGUAUCUUCAAUCAACACAUGCAUCUACACAUCAACAAUAUAAAAUGGAAAUUGAACAUAUAUUUAAAAUUGAAAGAGAGAACGAAGAUCAAAUGUUUAAUGAUGUUGGAAAUAAAAUGCUACUUUGGCAUGGUUCUCGUUUGACUAAUAUUGCCGGUAUUAUGAGUCAAGGUUUACGUAUUGCACCACCAGAAGCACCUGUUACUGGUUAUAUGUUUGGAAAAGGUUUAUAUUUUGCUGAUAUGAGUAGUAAAAGUGCUAAUUAUUGCUAUCCAACGCCAAGCAAAAAUACUGGUAUAGUUCUUCUGGCUGAAGUUGCUCUUGGUAAAUCUAAUGAAUUAGUACAUGCUGAUAAUAAUGCUCAUCGAUUACCAGAUGGUUACUCAAGUGUAAAAGGUCUUGGUUCAAUAGCACCUAAUUUAAAAAAUGGAGUUAAAUUAGAUAAUGAUGUUCUUGUGCCGAUGGGCCCAGCUGAAGUAACUGAUGUAGUUAAUUCAAAAGGUUAUACACUUAAUUAUAAUGAAUAUAUUGUUUACGAUACAAAACAAGUGCGACUGCGAUAUAUAAUUAAAUUAAAGUUUUUAUUUAAAUAG